AGGCGUGAGCCACCAUGCCCAGCCUAGAAACCCUUUCUAAACAUGAAUUGAAGCAAGGAGGGGCAGGGAUAGGGGGUGGAGUCAUCAGGCUGGGCCACAGGAGGUGGGAGUGCCAGGGAUUGGCUGGGCCCUGGCCAGAGAGGGGUUAACUACAAAGCAAAUCACAGAGAGCGCGAUCAAUGGGUUACUCGCUGCAGAGAGAGGAAAAGGCAGCAGCAACGCAGAGAGGCAGAGAAGAGCCGAGCAGAAAAGCCUGCCACCUGGGGGAAAUCAGAGACUGAGGAGGAAGUGGCCAGUGGCUACUCUAGAGGGAGUGCCUAACUCCACUCAGCAGAGGGGGCAGAGGAGAGGAGGGGCCUUAAAGGCGAAGGGGGAGAAGUAGAAGGCAGAUCAGUACCUGCAGGGAGGAACCGAGGGGCAGCUGCUGCACCAGAAGGCCCACCCAGCCUGGCCGUUCCACCCAGGAUCAAGCCCACUGCCCAGGGUGGAGGUGCCCGUCUGAUGGGGAGAGAUGGCUGAUGCCCAGAACAUUUCACUGGACAGCCCCGGGAGCGUGGGUGCCAUAGCAGUGCCUGUGGUCUUUGCCUUCAUCUUCCUGCUGGGCACAGCGGGCAAUGGGCUGGUGCUGGCCGUGCUCCUGCAGCCUGGCCCGAGUGCCUGGCAGGAGCCUGGCAGCACCACGGAUCUGUUCAUCCUCAACCUGGCGGUGGCUGACCUCUGCUUCAUCCUGUGCUGCGUGCCCUUCCAGGCCGCCAUCUACACGCUGGACGCCUGGCUCUUCGGGGCCCUCGUCUGCAAGGCUGUGCACCUGCUCAUCUACCUCACCAUGUACGCCAGCAGUUUCACGCUGGCUGCUGUCUCAGUGGACAGGUACUUAGCCGUGCGGCACCCACUGCGCUCGCGGGCCCUGCGCACACCACGCAACGCCCGCGCCGCGGUGGGGCUGGUGUGGCUCCUGGCAGCGCUCUUCUCGGCGCCCUACCUCAGCUACUACAGCACCGUGCGCUAUGGAGCGCUGGAGCUCUGCGUGCCCGCCUGGGAGGACGCGCGCCGCCGCGCCCUGGACGUGGCCACCUUCGCCGCCGGCUACCUGCUGCCCGUGACCGUGGUGAGUCUGGCCUACGGGCGCACCCUGCGCUUCCUGUGGGCCUCCGUGGGACCCGCGGGUGCGGCAGCAGCCGAGGCGCGGCGGAGGGCGACGGGCCGCGCGGGGCGUGCCAUGCUGGCGGUGGCCGCGCUCUACGCGCUUUGCUGGGGCCCGCACCACGCGCUCAUCCUGUGCUUCUGGUACGGCCGCUUCGCCUUCAGCCCGGCCACCUACGCCUGCCGCCUGGCCUCUCACUGCCUGGCCUACGCCAACUCCUGCCUCAACCCGCUCGUCUACGCGCUCGCCUCGCGCCACUUCCGCGCGCGCUUCCGCCGCCUGUGGUCUUGCGGCCGCCGACGCCACCACCGCGCCCGCCGCGCCCUCCGUCGCGUCCGCCCCGUGUCCUCGGGCCCCGUCGGCUGCCCCGGAGAUGCCCGGCCUCGCGGGAGGCUGCUGGUGGGCGGCGUCUGGGGUCCGGAGCCCAGGGAGGGACCCGCCCGCGACGGAGAGGCUGCCCGAGGGCCGGAAUAAACACUGCCGUCUGGAC